AUGGCUGCUGCUAAAGUAGAAAAUAUGAUUGAUAGCUCCACUGUCAUACAAAACCAAAAUGUGCCUUCUCAAACAAAUAACCCGCUGUCAAGGAAGCUUAACAAAAUCCUGGAGACGAGGCUCGACAAUGACAAGGAAAUGCUGGAGGCUCUGAAGGCCCUCUCUGUGUUCUUCACUGAGAACAGUUUGCGCACCAGGAGAAAUCUUCGCGGUGACAUAGAGAGAAGAAGCCUUUCCAUCAACGAGGAGUUUGCACGAAUAUUUAAGGAUGUAAAAGAGGAGCUUGAAAGUGUUCAUGAGGAUGUCCAGGCCAUGAGCACAUGUUGUGAAGAAAUGACAGACAGGUUAAAGGCUGCUAAGGACCAAACUCAAGACCUCAUCAUAAAAACCAACAAGCUGCAGGGAGAAAAUCAUCGCCUGGAGGUGAGAGCUCAGGUUGCCCAGGCUUUCCUUGCCAAGUUCCAGCUGUCCAAUGAGGAGAUGGCCGCGCUGCGAGGGGCUCGGGAUGCACCCGUCACUGAGGAGUUCUUCAAAGCCCUCAGCCGAGUGAAGCACAUCCACGAGGACGUGAAAAUCCUCUUGAGAACCAACCAGCAGACUGCAGGGUUAGAGAUCAUGGAGCAGAUGGCCGUGUUACAGGAGACAUCCUAUGAGCAGCUCUACCGCUGGGCUCAGAAUGAGUGCAGAGGACUGACCCAAGAGUCCUGUGAUAUCAGCCUUGUGUUGUCUCAAGCCAUGGAAGCAUUACAAGACCGACCUGUCCUCUAUAAAUACACUCUGGAUGAGUUUGGGACUGCACGCAGGUGUGCGGUGGUGCGAGGCUUCAUCGACGCCCUCACCCGCGGUGGGAUAGGAGGGACGCCACGCCCCAUAGAGAUGCAUUCACAUGACCCUAUGAGGUAUGUUGGGGACAUGCUGGCCUGGCUGCACCAAGCCACCGCCUCAGAGAAAGAGCACCUUGAAGCUCUGCUCAAACAAGUCACUGUGCAAGGUGUGGAGGAGAACAUGCAGGAGUCGGUUGGACACAUCACUGAGGGAGUCUGCAGGCCGCUUAAAGUUCGGAUUGAACAAGUCAUUGUGGCGGAGCCCGGAGCUGUCCUGCUUUACAAGCUGUCCAACCUGCUCAAGUUCUACCACCACACCAUCAGCUCCAUCAUUGGAACGAGUGUGGCCUCCUUGCUCAUCAAUAUUGAAGAAAUGCACAUCCUCAGCAAAAAGAUGUUCUUCAACAGCCUGAGCAUGCACGCAAGCAGAUUGAUGGACAAGGUGGAGCUACCACCCGCAGACCUGGGACCCACAGCCUCCCUCACGCAGACCCUUUCCCUCCUCAGGGAGGUGCUGGCCUCCCACGAUUCCUCAGUGGUUCCUCUGGAUGCCCGCCAGGCUGACUUUGCUCAGGUGCUCUCUUGCAUCCUGGAUCCUCUCCUGCAGUUAUGCACUGUGUCUGCCAGUAACCUCGGCACUGCAGACAUGGCUUCCUACAUGGUCAACUCACUGUAUGUCAUGAAGACCACCCUGGCUCUCUUUGAGUUCACUGACAAGAGGCUUGAGAUGCUGGAGUUCCAGAUCGAGGCCCACCUUGACACUCUGAUCAACGAGCAGGCGUCCUUCGUGCUGACCAGAGCCGGACUGAGUUACUUCUACAGCAUCGUCCAGCAGCAUAGCGCUGAGCAGGGUCCCCUCUCCCUCCUCCCCAGCAUGGACAGCUCUUCUGUGAAAGCUGCAAUGGUCCAGUUCGAUCGCUACUUGUCGUCGCCGGACACUCUUGUGAUGCCCCAGCUCAACUUCCUGCUCAGUGCAGCCAUCAAGGAGCAGAUCUUCCGUCAGUCCACAGAGCUGGUGUGCAGAGCCUACGGGGAGGUUUACUCGGCGCUGAGCAGCCCAGCUAACAGCUACAAAGACCUGGAGAACCUGCUGCCCAGAUCCCCUCAGCAGGUCCAGACCCUGCUGUCCUGAAACACCUUUUUCAUCUGAAAAACACGAGGUGAACCCCAGGGACUUGCAGCCUGUAGGUUAUUUGAAGAACUGUCAUUUGUACAGCAUAAUAACACAAAUAUAUACAAACAAGUAGUUGUUAAGGUGGGGUUCUUUGUGGGAAAUGUGGGCUGUGAGUCGCUGACCUCAGAGACUCUCCUGUGCCGGGGGAAAAGAACAUUAUAUGUACAUUAUCCGUUUACUUUCACUGCUGCAGACAGUCUUUAAAGUAUAUGUCUCCUUCCUGUUUUCAGACCAUGUUCUCUCCUCUACCAUGUUUGUAAAUGUACAAAAAAAUGUGUUUUUAUUAAAAAAAUUGAUAAUUAUAUAAAGCAAAAGCUUACAUUAAGAGACUCAUGUUAUUUCCCUCCUCUUCACAUUGUGGCUGAAUUCAUUCUGAGCACUUUUAACAGUAACCACAGAAGUUCCAGCACCAGCGUUGCAGGGAUGAAAUGGAAAAUAUCUUUUUCCAUUAUCUUAUUAUUUUUUUUAAAGAAUGUCCAACCACGUUGAAUCAGAUGUAAAGACUAUAAUGCUACUGGCUUUAAGGUUUAAGGUAAAUGAGGUGCAGAUUUCUUUUUUUAUUCGCCCUAAGCACAUAGUAAUGUAUUAUAUACUUGUAUUGGAAUAAAUGAAUGAAUCAGUA